AUGCAGGAAAAAGGAAAUCCAGUACCAUGGUUUAUUACAAGGCAAGGUUCCCCUUCAAAACCCCGAGGAAAUCAAUGCAGUUGCAUCAUGAAACUACCGGAGAACGUCAUAGCUCACAUACUAAGUUAUAUACCUGUCAAGAGUCUGUUGCUUUUCAAGCGUGUCUCCGGGCUAUGGUGUUCCCUGAUUGAGAGUGAAUAUUUCAUCAAACUUCACCUCAGAAACUUUGUCCAUGAUAGCUGCGGUGCCAAACUUAGCCUCAUUCUUCAAGACACAUGCUUCUCAACGCCAAAGAUCUUUUCAGUCACCGAUGUUGGUUUGCAGAAUGAAUGCCUCGAACUCGGAGGCCCGUUCGGUUACAGGACCAGAAUAUUAGGAUCUUGCAAUGGUUUGCUUUGUGUUUGUCAAUCAGACAUGGAAGACAGCGUCGAGUACAAACGAUCAGGGAAGUAUUACGUCUCCCCGAAGAUAGCCUUGUGGAACCCAUUAACAAAGAAAUUGCAUAUCCUGCCCUUCGCACCUAUUCAAGUUACAACAUGGAGUCCUCUCUAUGGUGUUCUUGACUCUCUUGAAUUUCAAUAUGCAUUUGGACAUGAUUCAUUCAACGACGACUACAGGGUUUUGAGAAUUGUACAGCAGAAUCCUGGAAUGCCUGAUCCUGAUAAGUUUAUCCUUAAAGCUAUGGUUUAUAGCCUGAAGGCUAAUUCAUGGAGAGAAAUUGUUGCACCUGGUUAUCUUCAUUAUAUUGUCAGUAAAGAAUCUGUGCUCGUCCACGACGCUUUUCAUUGGUUGCUAACCCAAGGGCAUGGAUUGGAUAUUGUUGCAUUUGAUAUUCAAAGAGAAGAGUAUUGCACAGUGCCACUGCCUAACUUAGAAAGUAAGUCUUCUCCUUACUACAGGAAUUUGGGUGUCCUCAGAAAAUGCCUCAGCUUAGCCUCUAGUAGUGUCCAUAAUGUUGAGAUAUGGGUGAUGAAGGAAUAUGGAAUGAAGGAUUCAUGGGUUAAAUUGUUCUUGCUUGAACAGUCUUCUUCACUAUGCUACAGUACUGUUCCAUAUGAUCUGGCCCCUUUAGCAUAUGUAAAGGAUAACAAUGAUGAUCAUAAGGUUCUCCUAAAAGGGCUGCCUGAUCAAAGUCUCAUAUGGUAUGAUCUAAAGCUGAAAAAAUAUGAACAUGUCCAAAUUCAUGGGGCUCCAUGGCGAUAUCAACCCUAUAUUUUUGUUGGAAGCCUUGUCUCUCCUCUCCCUCCAAUGCGGAAACAAAUUGAUGGCAAGAUACAUCAGGAAUGUGAGAACUAG